CUAAACGUUCAUUGUUCAGCUGUACGUUAUGACAUGCGGGAAGACUUCUGACCUGGGCCCGAAACACGGCUGAUGCACCCUACCAGCCUCUUUGGACUGGCGAGAGCGCCGACACCAACCCGGGUUCACUGAGCCGUCAAGGAAGCUUGAUGGGCGCGGCUUAUGCCCCAUCGGCCACUGCCGACCACGCAACAGCUCUGGGCUUGGGACAGCGCGGGGGCCAGAACACGCUGGGUGGGGGCACAAGAACCUGGACUGCAAGGCACUGUGUGUGUGCCGUCGGGUUCGCUGCGGGCCACAGUAGGGACCGCCACGGCGCAGCUCGUUGGAAAAGGCAACUUGGCAGCGUUGCCGGGGUUCUUGCAGAUUCAAUGCAAGGUUACAAACGCGUCGAGCAAGAAUUACGCCUUCGCGGCCUUGCACGGUUGUAAGACGAUGACAAUUGAUGCGGCCGCUACCAUUCUGACCCGUCGGCACGCCCACGUCGAAUUCCUCGGAGGGGCCGACGGUGACCUGGACUUUUCCCCCGCCGCAAAUCCGAAUACACACAAACGUCUUUAUCACGCCGACCGCCCAGACCACAGGCCACUUUGCAUCCGGAGAGACGCCGCUGAGCAGCAGGGUGUAGGAACGGCCAAACAUGGCGGCCCACGGAGAGGACCUCGGCAACCAGAUCUUCGUGACGCUGCGACGGGGCGAGGAGUGGCCGCCGCGCACCUGCGACGUGAGGGUGCGCUAUGAGCAGACGGUGGCGGACAUCAAGACCGCGGCGGCGGCAGCGCUGGGUGUGCCCGCGGACAAGAUGCAGCUGUUCUGGCACGGCAAGGAGCUGACGCCCGGCUACGACGGCCGCACCCUGCUAGACAUGAACCUACACACAGGGUUCGCGCUGCAGGGCUACGACCUGACUGCUGCGCCCAAGUACUGGCCGCCUGUCAAGAUGACGUCCGAGGGGCUGCAGGUUCAGGACUGACCGGGACUGACCGGGACUGGAGGACGCAGGUGUGUCUGAGCGGCAGGGUGCGAUGAUGGGAUAGGGUAAGGGGCAGGUUUGCGUAGUGUGCCGCGCAUGCCCAGACCCCAGCAUUCGACAGAAAUUUGCGACGGACUGAGCAAUUGGGUGGCUGCGCUGUGGGCGCUGAGUAAAGUGCUGUGGGCGGCCUGGGUCAGCAGUUAGCCUCCAACCAGUGCGAUGCUUGUUGCGAUGGCCCGGGCCCUCACUUCGGGCAGGAAUCCAGUCCGCGCCAUGGCGCCUUGUCAGGGCCCACCCAGUCGGCCGGGCUGCUAUCGCGGGGUGUGAGCACGUGGUGCGCGGGCUGCCGAGUGCGAAGUUAAGUGCGGUGUGCAAAGCUAGGUGCGUUUUUGGCUACAUCAGUGUAUCAUCCACGGGACGAUG